AAUACUGACCGAUGCAUGUAUGUAGUUAGGCAUUUAGUGGUAUAAAGGCAUAGAGUUGUUGCACAAAGCAACUAAAGUCUUUGUCCCGGAGCCCUUGGAGAGAUGGAGGGACAGGAUGGCAAAGGGAAUAAUAAUAAUAAUGACAGUAAUCAAAAGGCAGAGAAGAGGUUUGCGCUCUGUUACAUGGGCUGGUCGUCUCUGGACAGGCGAACCACGCUGCCCAUGCUGCCGUGGCUGGUGGCGGAGAUCCGGAGGAAAAGUGAGAAGAACGAGUCCGGUCCCGCACAGGCCAGAGAAGUUCAGCUGUGUCUCUCUCCCACUCUGAUCCGCUGCGUGCCCGCAAACAGCAGCAACCCGUCCGUGUUCAUAUUCGAGCACAAAGCACAGUUUAUAUCCAGGUUUAUCCACAAUAGUCAUGACCUGUCUUAUUUUGCCUACCUUAUCAGAAGUCAACCAGAGAACCCAGAGUCUGAGAUGGCAUGCCAUGUGUUCAAAGCAUGUGAUCCAAAUCAGGUGCCUGAGGUUAUUAGCAGCAUUAGACAGGUGUCCAAGGCUGCACUUAAGGAAGAAAGCAAGCCCAAGCAAGAGAGUGACGAGUCUUUCUACAACUCCCAGAAGUUCGAAGUACUUUACUGUGGAAAAGUGACUGUCAACCACAAGAAAGCCCCUUCCACUCUAAUUGACGACUGCAUUGACAAAUUUCGCCAACACGAGAUUGAACGCAAGCGUCUGCGGCUCCUCAAUGGCCAGCGUAGCUCCACCGAGGCCCCCGUAGAGUUCAUCAUGGGUGAUGACCCUUUAAGCUCCUCCCUCUGCGAAGUUGACGAACCUGAGGCAGAACCCAGCUCAAUUGAGGAAGAGCUGUCUGAGUUAGGCAAUGGGAAACUGACUAGCUCCUCCAGUACAGGCAGCCUGCGAGGGGCCUUUCCUGAGUGCAUUUUGGAGGACUCUGGUUUUGGGGAGCAGCAGGAGAUUCGUACACGCUGUAAUAGCCUGGCAGGCGGCCUGCAGAAAAAACCCAGAGAGGCGGGGAAGGGGUCAACACGUAGGAGACAUGCUAGCGCGCCCAAUAACGUGCAGCCGUCUGAUGCUGACAAGAAUCGCACAAUGCUGUUCCAGGUUGGACGGUUUGAAGUGAAUCUCAUCAGCCCUGACACCAAAACUGUGGUUCUGGAGAAGAAUUUUAAGGACAUCUCGUCCUGUUCACAGGGUGUUAAACAGACAGAUCACUUUGGCUUUAUUUGUCGGGAUGUGGUGGAGUCUGGCCCAGCCCAAUAUGUGUGUUACGUGUUCCAGUGCGCUAGCGAGUCUCUGGUGGAUGAAGUAAUGCUCACCCUGAAACAAGCCUUUAGCACGGCAGCAGCUAUGCAGAGCUCCAAGAACCAAGUCAAACUGUGUGAGGAUUGUCCAAUGCAUGACUUGCACAAGCUCUGUGAAAGAAUAGAAGGCUUGUAUCCUCCCAGGGCGAAACUAGCCAUUCAGAAGUACCUGUCCCAACUGAGCGACAACGAGCAGGUCAACAUAUUCGAAAGGGUGCAGAAAAUGAAGCCAGCAUCCGAUCAUGAAGAAAACGAGCUUGUGAUUCUUCACCUCCGACAGUUGUGUGAGACCAAGCAGAAAUCUCAUGUUCAUAUUGGAGAGGUCCCACAGAAUGCUUCUAGCAGCACUCUGACCUCUGAUAACUCCAGUGCGGGCCGCAAUAAACUGGACCUGUUGAAGAACAAAGCCCGGAGUUCUUUGACAAGCUCCCUGGAGAACAUCAUCUCACGGGGAGCCAACCGUAUGCGAAUGCGUUUGGGCAGCAUGGGAAGUUUUGACCGCGGCGACUCUCCUGGUGACUCCCCACCUGGGACUCCACCCAGUUACCUUGAGGACGACCCAGAUGCCCCACAGUUCCGUCGCCGGGCUCACACCUUCAGCCACCCGCCCAUCAAGAAAAGGAUCUCCUUCACUGAGGUUUCCUCCCAGGCCUGUAAGGCUCCACUGCGCCGGCAGCAGUCUUUGGCCCCAGAGCUGCUGCAGAGCAGCACCAUUGGUAUCUCAAGAGUGCGCAGCGUCUCUGAGAGUGACUCCUACUUCAGUCUCUCAUCCUCCUUCCACACCCCCACUUUCCUGAAAACCUUUUACCAGGGCUCCCUUGGCUCACUGGCCUCCCUGUCGGACAGCGGGAGUCUUAAGAGUGGUAAUGGGGAGGGCAGGAAGAGGUCUCUGUCAGGUUGUAGCACCGAUUCUUUGACCUUGGUGCCUCCACGCAGAGUUUCUUGGCGCCAGAAGAUUUUCCUGAGGGUGGCGUCACCCAUGAACAAACCCUCCACUUCUAUGCAAAACGUGGAGCACAUGGAUGGCCGGGAGCUGCUGCCACUUUCUCCUCGGGCUUUGAACCAAGAUCAAGACCCUCAGGCCAGCCCCCUGUCCCCAGAGCAGGGCUUUGGUGGAGAGAAGGGCCGGCGCAGCCCAGCUGACUACAGGGCCCUGUGGAAGAAAGCCAUCCACCAACAGAUUUUGCUCAUCCGCAUGGAGAAAGAAAACCAGCGCCUGGAGGAAGCCAGCCGUGAUGAAUUGCACAUUCGUAAAAUGAAGCUGGACUACCAGGAAGUGUGUCAGUGCUCCAAAGAGGUGCAGGCUGUGUGGGACAGGAAGUUGAGCAGCCCCUGCCGCACUAAAGUACAGUGGGGCAAAGAGGAGAUUCACAGUGCCGUCUGCCAGGGUGUCCCCAAAAGUCGGCGAGGUGAGGUGUGGCUCCUCCUUUCCCAGCAGUAUCGUCUGCGUCACCGUCUGCCGCAGCGGCAGCAGCCCCCUGAAACUCCUUAUCAGGAUCUCCUCAAGCAGCUCACAGCACAGCAACACGCCAUCCUGGUCGACCUUGGCAGGACAUUCCCAACGCACCAGUAUUUCAGUGCUCAGCUGGGAGCUGGGCAACUGUCUCUGUACAAUCUCCUGAAGGCCUACUCCCUGCUGGACACGGAGGUGGGCUACUGCCAGGGCAUCAGUUUUGUGGCCGGUUUGCUACUGUUGCAUAUGAGCGAGGAACAGGCUUUCGACACCCUUAAGUUCCUCAUGUACGAUCUGGGCAUUCGCCGGCAGUACCGUCCCGACAUGAUCUCCCUGCAGAUCCAGAUGUACCAGCUGUCCCGACUGCUGCACGACUAUCACCGUAACCUGUACACUCACCUGGAGGAGCACGAGAUCUGCCCCAGCCUGUACGCCGCGCCCUGGUUCCUCACUCUCUUCGCCUCUCAGUUCCCGCUUGGCUUUGUUGCCCGUAUAUUUGACCUCCUGUUUGUCCAAGGCACUGAGGUGAUUUUUAAGGUGGCCCUGUGUUUGCUGAGCAGUCACGAGGGAGAGAUACUGGAGUGUGACGGCUUUGAAAGUAUCGUGGACUACCUUAAAUCCACCAUCCCCACCCUCACUUACAGCCAAAUGGAAGAAACGAUCACAAAGGCGAUUGAGAUGGACAUCUCCAAGCAGCUGCACGCAUAUGAAGUGGAGUACCACGUCCUGCAGGAUGAGCUAUCAGACGCUCCUCCACCAUCAGAGGAGUCUGAUAGGCUAGAUAAACUGGAGAAAGCCAAUGCCCAGCUCAAGAAACAGAACAUGGACUUGCUAGAGAAACUGCAGGCGGCUCGUUUGAAGAUUCAGACAUUGGAGAGCAGCGUGGAGAGCUUCCUGUCACGAGAGAGCAAGAUGAAGCACCUGAUCCGUUCUCUGGAACAGGAGAAAGCUUCCUACCAGAAGACUAUCGAGCGUAUGCGUAGCAGUUUACCAUCAGAUGCCAUGGCUGAUGUGGAGAUGACACAGCUCAAGUCUAGCACCAAUGGGAAAGCCAAAGCUGCCUGUAAAAAGCCUUGAAUCACCAUCCUACUGACUGAUGCAUCAUAUAGGUACAUCAGUAGUGUUAGUCUGCUUAUUCCUCUAUGUCCCCAUCGUGCUUCACCUUUGAUGGCCUGAUUUAAUCAUUAUGUUUGAGAAAUGGGAACAUUUCACACCUUGCGACCGCACUAAAAGAACUUGAAAACAAUACAGAAGUGUUUCCUUUCCAAAGAGCAGCAUGACUAGUCCAUGUACGUGGCGUGUUGCAUUAAUUUCCACGUGAGACUUUAUGCUCACUGUGAAGGUUUUUUUGACCUGGCACUCCAAACCUGGAGUUUGGAGGAAACCAAAUAUUUACCAGGUUGACCUUUUGCUUAAAGUGCUUCACCUAAAGUGCAGGCAGGAAGUGAAACCAUCUGCUGCUGGGUUUCCUCUGCAACUUACAAACAGUCCUGCUGUCCAGAAUCCCCAGUUUGAGCUCAUGGGCUUCAAGUGAGUCACUGUCUGAAGACAUGAAGAGUUACUUGUCUUUAAACAAUCAUCUUUGAUAUUGCACAGUAUUCUGUGUGUGCAGUGAAGAAGUAUGCCUGAAAAACGUUGUGUUGGAUACUAUGCCAUAAAGAUAGGUGCAUGUAAUCAUUCAGACACUGUGGAUAAUAAAUCCAAAAAUCCUUUGGGGAUUUUACCAUAGUUUGGGUUUCUUUUAAGUUGAUCACUUGUAGUUUUGUGUCGCACUGUACUUGACAUCUGCACAAAUAUUUUUGGAGUGUUGUAUAAGAGCUGAAGCAUUGUAUUUCAUUCAUUUUUUGUCAUAAUUUUUUUUUGUAUUACAGGUUUUACUUGAUGUUAGUUCAUUUGGGCCUAAUACAACAAAAAUGAUAACUGAUACAUUGGGUUAAACCACCUGCUGGUGGCUAAAUAAGACUCUCUCUCUCUCUCAUACACACACACACACACACACACACACACACACACACACACACACACACACACACACACACACACACACACACACACACACAGUAAGAAGAAUCACACUGUAUUGGUAACUCAUCUAACCAUGUGAAUGUAAACUUAAUGCAGGAUUAUCUACUUGAACACUCAUUCUUGUUUGUCUGUCUUCAAGUUGUCUACUUUUGUUUUGACUAAACCAAUCUCAAUUCACCUUGUUCUGACACUUCAGUGAAUGAAUCACAGUUGUAGUGAGAUGGUAAAACACUUAGGGCAGUGUUGGUAAACUUAAUCAAGAGCUUCUUUCUGCCAUUUUGCAUUUGAAUAUAUGUCAAAAUUGACAUAUUAAGAAGUGUUACUGCUGGGCUGGUGGUGGUUACCAGUGGCGUGUAAAAUACGUCUGAUCUUUAUUCUAGGUAGUGGUUUCUGAUUGUUUUUGGAUUGUUUUCUUUGUCUUGUUAGAAAUACAUUUCUGUGACAUUGCAAAUGGAAAAUACUUGCAUAUCUUUGGAGAAAGUGAAAGCAUAUGUGCAUGUUUAAUCAAGGGCUGCAAAUACAUCACGUGUUCAGAGAAGGUACAUUCUAGCAAUACACCUGCACCAAAGUUUAACAAUGUGAAGGACAGGGGAGAAAGGAAUCAUUGUAAAAAUGCACAAGGGCAAGGACACAUUGUCCUACCUUUUCAAUAUUUCUUAGUGAUAUCAUGAAAAAUGAUAUCUUCAUACAAAAAAGACAUAAAGCAAACGGUCUGGUGGUGCGUUUGAUAUAUCAUAGUCAAACUUUUUCAUACUUUAUAUCCAAUGUGCCAAAACUUGUUCAUCAUUAUCAUCACUUUUCCAUUAUCACAUGCCAUUGUUACAUCUCAGCACUUUCUUAAAGAUGCUGAGUUCUGUUGGACUACAUUUAUUUCAGAUUCACUUUGGUUUGCAAUGAAUCUUUGGUCAUCAUUGAAAAUGUGUGCUGACUAUAUUUUGUGAUUGUUUCUUGUGAUUUUGGCUGAAUUGUCAGUCCUCCAUACUCUAUUAAAAUCAACUUUUUAUACCUCA